UUGGAAACUCUUCAGUCAGACAAGCGCCAACAUCAUCUACCUUCUCAGAUGUGGACCAACAGUAUCAACCAGGCCAACAAGAUGGCCCUGCUUGCCUGGGCAAAAGAAACCGGCAUUGACCUCGUGCAGAUCAACGGGCAGAGGCGAUAUGGUGGCCCCCCCCCAGGCUGGGUGGGCAACCCCCCACCGGCUGGCACAGAGGUGUUCAUCGGGAAGCUGCCGCAGGACGUGUACGAGCUCUUCCAGAGUGUGGGGAAGCUCUACGAGUUUCGCCUCAUGAUGACCUUCAGUGGGCUGAACCGGGGCUUUGCCUAUGCCAAGUACAGCAACCGGCGUGGUGCCAAGGAGGCAAUUGCUGCCUUCAACAACUUCGAGGUGCGGGAGGGCUGCGCCAUCGUGGUGUGCAAGAGCACAGAGAAGUGUGAGCUGAGUAUGGAUGGCCUGGCCACCUCGGUGAGCCGACGGGAGCUGGAGGCCGUGCUGCAGCGGGUCACGGAGGGGGUCCUCAGCGUCACUCUCUAUACCAGCCCCUGCCAGAAGCGGGCUCAGCUCGCUGUGCUGAAAUACAGCUCACACCAGGCUGCUGCCAUGGCCAAGAAAACCCUGAUGGAAGGGAGCGUGAGGCUCGGUGGGGCGGAGAUGAGGGUGGACUGGUUGAACCCCGAUCUGAAGCAGAAACUGCAGUCAUGUGAGGAGAAGCCAUCAUCCAGCCAGGUGCAAGGGGCCAAGUGCCUGGGGGUCCCCAAGCAGGCACCCCUGUCUCCGGUGCUGCGCAACACGCUGGACCGCCUGAAUACUCUGUGCCGGAGGCAGUACCUGGGGACCCCCCAGUUCCUCACCAAGUGCGUCCAGGCAAACCCCAACGGGUGGCUGCGGUUCUGGUGCCGGGUGGUGAUCCCAGGGUGCCCCGUGCCCUUCAGUGGGUUCACGUGGGUCCGGCAGGGAGGGCCAGGCAGGAGCGGGCAUGAGGCGGCGAAGAUUGCAGUGGCGCUGCAGGUUCUCCGGAUGCUAGGUGAGUCUUCGCACAGCAUCGAUGCUAACCUGCUGCCUUUCCUAAAGUCAUGGAGCAUCUGGGAGUGUGGAGCUGUGGUGCUUCUAGUGCGUGGGGGCAGCCAGCCUCGCAGGCAGGGCUGA